AUGACGGCGGUGACGUUUCUCUGUUUCCUGAGAAUAAUAAUCCUGGUGAGACUUUUCCGACUGGCAGCUCAGAAGAAGGAGCUCGAGAAGGUCACCAGGAGGAUGAUUUCUGAGAACAAGCGGCGUUAUCAGAAGGAUGGAUUUGACCUUGACCUUACCUACGUGACAGAUCGCGUCAUCGCCAUGUCUUUCCCCUCCUCUGGGAAACAGUCCUUCUACAGGAAUCCGAUUGGUGAGGUGGCCAGGUUCCUGGACGCUAAACAUGAAGACCAUUAUAAAGUUUACAACCUGUGCAGUGAGAAAGGUUACGACCCCCAGUUCUUCCACUACAAAGUUGAACGUGUGUUCAUCGACGACCACAACGUCCCCUCCCUGGAGGACAUGCUGAAAUACACAGCCAAUGUGAGGGAGUGGAUGACGGACGAUCCCAAAAACAUCAUUGCAAUUCACUGUAAAGGAGGGAAAGGACGCACAGGUACACUGGUGUGCACCUGGCUUAUCGAUAGUGACCAGUUUGAGAAUGCACAAGACAGUCUGGAAUAUUUUGGUGAGAGGAGGACGGACAAGAGUCGCAGCUCCAAGUUUCAGGGAGUGGAGACUCCAUCUCAGAGCCGGUACGUGGGGUACUACGAGAUCAUGAAAACGAGGUUCAACAGGCAGCUGCCUCCACCCAAACCCCUCCACAUCAAGAGCAUCCGCAUACACUCUAUAGCAGGUGUGGGUAAAGGGGACGGCAGCGAUCUUAAGGUGAAGAUAAUUGUGAAGAAAGAGCUGGUGUUUCAGUGUGUGUGUGCCAAACAGGAGAACUGCAAAGUGUUUCCUGACGUGGGCAAUAAUGCAGCAGUCAUCAGUCUCCAGAACGGGCCUGAGGUCGAAGGAGACGUGAAGGUCAUGUUUGAAUCAAGUGCUGGUCUUCCAAAAGGAUACGAAGAUGUCCCGUUCUACUUCUGGUUCAACACGUCCUUCAUAGAGAACAACAGAUUGUUUCUACCCAGGGAUGAACUGGACAACCCACACAAACCCAAGACCUGGGACCUGUACAAGGAGGAUUUUGGUGUCUCCAUGUUCUUCUCUGAACCAUAAUAAUAAAAAAUGCUUUAGAAAAAUGAAGAAGGUACAAUGGCUUGUUACAGGUGAACAGGAAACACUAAUAAAUAAAAAAACUGAAAUUAAAAAAGACAAUUCAACUGUAAUGUUUAAUAAGGGAUAUAUGAGGAAGCACCAUGACAUUUUAUGUAUUGUAUUCCAGUAAACGAGUUGAUGUGUAUGUGUGGUGACUCUUUUGGGUAUUCAAUAAAACAUUUUUAUUGCACUUGAAA